AUGGACAAUCCGAUCGAGGUACAGGAUCUGGAACUGGAAUCGCUGAUCGGGUUCGACGGCCGCCCGUCCAACGGACUCUGGGUGCACCCGGACGGGGUGCACUUGAUCUACCCGCUCGGGACCAACAUCACGGUGUACGACUGGUGCACGAAGAAGCAACGGUUUCUCGAGGGUCUCACCAACGUCGUGUCGUCCAUCGCCGUGUCGAAGACCGGCAAGUACGUGGGCGCCGGCCAAGUGACGUCCAUGGGCUUCAGGAGUCCGAUAAUCGUGUGGGCGUUCGAAACGGGCCAGAUCGUGACGAAAUACGAGGCGCACAACGUGCGCGUCGAGACCGUGUCGUUCUCCUGCUGCGAGACUUACAUGAUAUCCCUGGGCGGACUGGACGACGGCUCCGUCCUGGUGUACGACAUCGAAAAGAAGGAGGUGCUGGCCACCGCGUCGUCGGUCAAGUCCACCGCCGGCGUGUCGACGGUACUCACGCCGGCCCGGUUGCGCGGCCACUCGUUUGUCGUGGCGGGCGAUAACAUUUUGCGACUGUGGACGGUCGUCAAGGAGCAACGGCGCGUGGAGGGGCUGGACGUUUCGUUCGCCAAGAUCAAACGCAAAAUCCUGUGCGUCGAAAUCGACGACGCGGACACGCACGCCUAUUGCGGCACGAGCACGGGGGACAUGAUAAAGUUGAUGUUCAACUUCUCGCCGGACGCCGACGUCCCGCUGAAGGCGCCCACGGUGGUCGGGUGCUACGCGAAGUACCCGGCGGCCGUCAAGAACAAAAAGAAGUGCUGCGGCCGCGCCGCGUCCGGUCACAUACAGCUGUACAGCAACGGCAUAACAUCGCUGCACCUGUUGGCCGACGGCACCAUUAUCGUGGGCACGGGCGCCGGGAUCGUCGAACUGGUGUCGCUGAAAGCUCGGCCCGGCAAACCCGUCUGCGCGGAAUCGUUAGGGGCCGGUCAUUAUUUGGUGGCGCCCACUAGUCCGCUGAUCGAUCCCCUGUUGACCACCGUCGUCCAUUCGUCCGUGACCAGCAUAAACGUGAUAAACGGCGUCGUGCUGGUGGGCACGGUCAACUGCGAGCUGUUCACGGUCAAACUGUCCGAUUUCACCACGGCCCGCAUGUUCACGUGCCACACGUCCGGCAUCCACGACCUGGUGUUCCCGCACGACUACAGCCUAGUGUUCGCGACGGCCAGCAAGAACGACGUGCGCGUCUGGUCGGUGAAAACGCUGCAGGAACUGCUCCGGAUCACCGUCAACAACACCUCGUGUUCCGGCGUGCUGUUCUCGUACGACGGGACCCGGAUCGUCACGUCGUGGAGCGACGGCAAGAUCCGGACGUUCACGCCGGAGCACGGGCGUCUGUUGUACACCAUACACAACUGUCACAACAACGGCGUGUCCGCGAUCGCCAUCACCCGGGACGGGAAAAAGUUGAUAAGCGGCGGCGGCGACGGCCAGGUGCGCAUCUGGUGGGUGGACCAGCUUGCCGACAACCUGUUGGCCGUGCUCAAGGAGCACAAGGGCCCGGUCAAUUCGAUCUGCGUGCACGAAAACGACCUGCAGGCGGUCACGGCCAGUACGGACGGCACGUGCGUUAUCUGGGACAUUGUCCGGUACGUCAGGUUGUCGGUGAUGUUUUCGACCACCGUGUUCACCGGCGUCAAGUACCAUCCGAACAAGGUACAGCUACUGACGUGCGGCACCAACCGGUUCAUCGGUUACUGGGAGUCGAUCGACGGGUCUUUGGUCCACGAGGUCGAAGGCUCUUCGUCGUCCGCCCUCAACGCGCUGGACUUGACACCCGCAGGUCCGUACCGCGUCGACGUACACGAGAAAACAGCGCGCCAGAAUAACGCCGUCACGCGCGCGCGCGCGCGCGAACCGUCGGUUAACCAUUUCGUUCCCGAAAUUAAAAAACCGAAAAAACCGAAUUUCUCUUCGUUUCAAUGAGCCGACACCGUCUGCGUCGGCUAUUGGCUAUCGACACGCGGUGAACGCGACGACGUGUUGAAACGGUGAUGGGAGGGGGGACGAUCCGUUAGUCCGCCGGGCCCGCUACAUUUUUCCCAGUCGCGCGCGGGCGCCACCGCGGGAGCGAAACGGUUAACGGGUUCGACCGUAAAACCCCGCGUGGCUCGGCAGCCGGUGAGUGACGCGGCGACGUCCGAUCGUAUACGUGUGCGCUUUCUCCGCAGGUAACUAUUUCGUGACCGGGAGCGCGGACCUGCUGGUGAAAGUGUGGCAUUACAAAGAAGGCGUACCCACGCACGUCGGGGUGGGUCACGCGGGCGUCUUGACCAACGUGAAGGUGAGCCCGGACUGCCGGUUGGUGGUGAGCACGAGCGUGGACGGCGGCAUAUUUCUGUGGCGAUUCCCGUUCGACCCGGACAUCGACCCGCCCCGGGACGGCGGGGAAGCCGUUGUGAAGGGCGUCCCGAGCAGGUGCAGUCAGCGCGAACAGCAGACGGAACGGUCGAGGCAGCUGUCGCAGAAGAAAAAGCUGCCGGUCAAGGCGGAGAACAUCAAGAAGAUAUCGAAAACGCAAAAAGUCAACGUGAACCUAGACGCCGGGGUCGGCGGGGCGGACGCCAAAACGGCAAACGUCACUAAGAAACCGGGUACCAAAGAUGCGGGCACGGGCGACAAAAUCAGGGUGUGCAAAUAG